AUGCCUCGUUUCUUUGACGAUUAUUCGAAUACCUACUUGACUCAUGACAGUUCCGCUGGCCGUAAGCAACAACGGCGAGGUUGGAAAUUUCGAGAAAAUUUCAAAUUGCAUUACGGUGACCACAUUGAUGAUUGGCGAAAAGGACCAAUGGGUUUGGCGUCAGCACAACAGGCAUAUAUUAAAGCAAUGGGUAUCAAUGAUCCCAUGAUUCCUCCUCUCCCGGAUCAUUGGAAGCAAGAGGCGGACGAUGUGACUGGGAUUUUGUAUUAUUUCAAUACCAUGACCAAGGAACGAUCUUGGGUGAGACCAGGAUUCUUUCCACCCCCGCCACCAGGGGUCAUGGGUCGAGGACCACCACCACCCCGAGGAGGAUUCAAUCAGGGAGGAGGAGGAUUUCCGCCACAAGGCAAUUUCAAUCGGGGUCCGCCACCACCGCCAAUGAUGCAGCAGAGGCCACCCUAUGGAGGCCCACCGCCGCCAAUGCAAGGAGGCCCCCCCCCUCCAUUUUCAGGUGGUCUUCCUCCGCCCCCACCGGGACAGUAUGGGGGACCACCUCCACCGAAUAACUUUCAGCGGCCACCACCAAGAUAUUAG